GCCCAUGACAAAGGAACCAGUAGCAGGCUAGCAGCGAAACAGAUUUAAAAGAAAAACAAUUUUCUCCAGUCGUUACAAGCACAAAGCCGUCUACUCUUUCCUACGCUCGUCAUGUUUUUAUUAUUUAUUUUGGAUUGUUUUUUGGUCUUUUAUUAUAAGUAGUGUCAGUGGUGGACUGUGGACCAAUAUUUUUAUAUUAAAUAUUUUGGUUUGAUAAUAUUUAUUUUUAUUUCUUUAAUGAUUCUUUUGGGCGCCAUCGCCUUACAUACGCCAAUGAGAAAUUCUCCGUCCUUCCCGUUCCCAACUUGUUCGUCUCCCAACUCCUUUGGAAUUCCUCCUCCUCCUCCCAUUCUCACCCCGAAAACCUCCUUGUUUCUCUCCUCCGCCACCCUCUCCCUCCCCCUUCCGCCGCGAAUCGUUUCUCCGAUCUCCACUCCCCGCCGAUCUUCGCUUCCCCUCUGCUGCGCUUCUCUAUCAGGUGGGAAAAUGGAGGCCGAGCCAGCAAUGACUCUCUACCCACUGCACCGUACCAAGACCAUUCAUCUGGUGAGGCACGCCCAAGGAGUCCACAAUGUAGAAGGAGAAAAAGAUUACAAUAUGUACAUGUCCGAAGAACUCUUCGACGCCAGGCUUACCCCUCUUGGUUGGCAACAGGUUGAAAAUUUGCGCAAACAUGUUCGAGGAAUUGGGCUCGAUAAGAAAAUUGAACUGGUGGUUGUUUCACCCUUGGUAAGGACAAUGCAAACAGCAGUUGGGGUGUUUGGGGGUGAAGGAUUCACCGACGGUGUCCCAUUGAUGGUGGAAAAUGCUGGCCAAAGUGACCAUUCUGCCAUUUCUAGUUUAGACUGCCCUCCUUUUCUUGCAGUGGAGCUAUGUCGGGAACAUUUGGGAGUUCAUCCAUGUGACAGGAGAAGAAGCAUUAGCGAUUAUCAACCUCUGUUUCCUGCAAUUGAUUUCUCACUGAUCCAAAACAACAAUGAUGAGUUGUGGAAGGCUGACAUCCGUGAGAAGGAUGACGAACUUGCAGCCAGAGGCCUUCAGUUCUUUAAUUGGUUAUGGACUCGGAAAGAGAAGGAGAUUGCUGUUGUUAGCCAUAGUGGCUUCUUGUACCAUGCACUAAGCCAUUUUGGAAACGAUUGUGACAUUACUAUAAAGGAAGAAAUAUGCACACACUUUGCUAAUUGUGAGCUCCGGUCAAUGGUAAUUGUUGAUAGAUGUAUGAUAGGCUCAGUGUUGUCGACAACUAACUACCCUGGCAAAAUUCCUGGCGGGCUUGAUAAGCCAAGUGAUGAUGCGAACGAAGAGAACCUUCCGUAAGAAUGUAUUCAUCCCUAUCAGUAGAAUAACUGGGGAAGCAGCCCUUCCAUGAGGAUCUCCAUGUCGAUGUUCUUCUAGUGAAGGCUGUGUUUCCCUGCACCACCUAAUACUUUUUGGUGUAGAAGUAGGGUGUGGUGAUGGCUCAGAGUUUUUGGGAGCUUGGCAUUUUUUAUGUUUUUGGGUUCAAACAUCCAAGUAUUCCUUUCGGUUGACGAUGAUAUCAGAUUCCGCUGUCCACAGACUUUGGAGGUCGAUUCAUGUGUAUGCAAACCAUUCAUUUGAUUGUGAAGGAUAUGAGAUAGACUUUGGUGGAUGUUGUGGUAAAUACCUAAUCUAAUGUUUUAUUAUAGGAUUAAUUGCAUGGUUGGUCAUUGAGAUUAUAAAAAAUGUUUAAGUUUGGUCACUCAAAAUAUUUAAAUCCAUUGGUGAUAUUUCAGUUUAUCGAAACCGUUCAUGUUUUGUCACUCUCUGGCCAAUUCCGUUAACUUUAGCUUAUGUGGCGGUCAACGUGUGACAUGACAAUUAAAAAAAUAAUUAAAUAAAUAAAAUUUAAUUCUUUAUAAUUUUCACUUCAUUUCUAACUAUUAAAAAGAUAAAAAUAAAAUUAUAAAUUAUUAAGGGUAAAUACAAUUUAAUAUCCAAACCUUUUAUUUUAAACAAUAUAAUAGCCAAACCUUUUCGAAAACAAUCUAAUAUCCAAAUCGUCAACUUUCCAUUCGUUUGACCGUUAGUUGACACUUCAAAAAAGCUUUGUUUAGGGGAAAUUGUCACAAUACAACUUUGUUUCUUGUUUUGGCAUUGCAGAUGACUGAAUAUUUAGAUAUUCUAUACCAUCAUGGUGGAGUCAUGGACUUCUCGGGUUUGGAACUACGAUAUGUUGGUGGUUUUUCAGAGAAGAUAUCGAUGGAUAUUGAUGAAGUGUCGUACUUCGAACUUUUUUGAAGUGUCAACUAACGGUCAAACAGACAGAAAGUUGACGAUUUGGAUAUUAGAUUGUUUUCGAAAAGGUUUAGCUAUUAUAUUGUUUAAAAUAAAAGGUUUGGAUAUUAAAUUGUAUUUACCCAAUUAUUAAAUUAAGAACAAACGAGGAAUCCUCUCUCCUCUUCUCCAUCGCCGCGUUCUUAGCCACAAACAGGGAAUCCUUUCUGAGCAAUUCGAUACUCUUAGCCUUGUAUGCGUUGCUCUUCAUCAGCCUCUGGAACCUCGAGACCAGCGCUCUACCGAGUCGGCCACAGAAUCAAUCGUUGUAGUCAAACAGAGAGUGGAUCCAGCCUGCGCGUUCAAAUCCUUCUCCGUGAACACGGCCUCGCUCAGCGCCUCGAGGAAGGCGGAGGAGAACAGCAGCCCUGGUGACCUUAGAGUAGAGGGAAGAGACUUGGGCGAUGCACUCCGAGCAAAUGGAGGAGUCAAGGUCACGGAGGCGCGGGUGACGUAGGAGAGGAUCUUGGGUAGGAAAGAGGCUCGGAAAUGUGAGAGAUCCCAAUGAAACCAAGGAGGAAUUCCUGGAGUUUGUUGUGGGAGAGGUCCAUAACUCCAAAGGUACCCAGAUUGUUACAGUGAGCUGGUUAUGGUCGCACUUGAAUAGAAAAUUAGAUAGUGU